GCCUGCGCGGGCCGGAGGAAGAGGAGGAGGAGGAGGAGGGCUGGCAAUGGCGGCCGCGGGCGGCCUUGAGGCGGCUUUGGCAGCCGCCGCGGGCAACGAAGGCCCGGCCGGCGUGGCGGGGGUGCCAGCGCCCGCGGCCCCGGUGAUGGUGCAGCGCGAACCGGCCUACAACUGGCAGGCCACGAAGCGGUCGCUGCGGGAGCGCUUCGCAUUUCUCUUCGCCAACGAGCUGCUGAGCGACGUGCGCUUCGUGGUGGGCAAAGGCGGCUCUCGGGCCGGCGGAGGGGCGCCCGGGCCGGGCCAGCAGCGCAUCCCCGCUCACCGCUUCGUCCUGGCGGCGGGCAGCGCCGUCUUCGACGCCAUGUUCAACGGCGGCAUGGCCACCACCUCGGCGGAGAUCGAGCUGCCCGAUGUGGAGCCCGCCGCCUUCCUGGCUCUGCUCAGAUUUUUAUAUUCAGAUGAAGUUCAGAUUGGUCCUGAAACUGUUAUGACCACUCUCUAUACAGCUAAGAAGUAUGCUGUCCCUGCUCUGGAAGCUCAUUGCGUAGAAUUUCUCACUAAGCACCUUCGGGCAGAUAAUGCUUUUAUGCUGCUUACUCAGGCUCGCUUAUUUGAUGAACCUCAACUGGCCAGUCUCUGCCUUGACACAAUAGACAAAAGUACCAUGGAUGCAAUAAGUGCAGAAGGCUUUACGGAUAUUGAUAUAGACACAUUGUGUGCUGUCCUGGAAAGAGAUACGCUCAGCAUUCGAGAGAGCCGCCUCUUUGGAGCCGUGGUGCGUUGGGCCGAAGCGGAAUGUCAGAGGCAGCAGCUACCAGUCACCUCUGCAAAUAAGCAGAAAGUACUUGGCAAAGCUCUCUCUUUAAUCCGUUUCCCACUCAUGACAAUCGAAGAGUUUGCAGCAGGUCCUGCUCAGUCUGGAAUUUUGUCAGAUCGGGAAGUAGUCAAUCUUUUCCUACAUUUUACUGUCAACCCUAAACCUAGAGUUGAUUAUAUUGAUCGACCCAGAUGCUGUCUUAGAGGGAAGGAGUGCAGCAUAAACAGAUUCCAACAAGUGGAAAGUCGCUGGGGUUACAGUGGAACAAGUGACCGGAUCAGGUUCACAGUUAAUAGAAGAAUUUCAAUUGUGGGAUUUGGAUUAUAUGGUUCUAUUCACGGUCCCACUGAUUAUCAAGUUAAUAUACAGAUAAUUGAAUAUGAGAAAAACCAGACUCUGGGACAAAACGACACUGGAUUUAGCUGCGACGGAACGGCCAGCACCUUUAGAGUAAUGUUCAAAGAACCAAUAGAGAUUUUGCCAACCGUGUGUUACACUGCUUGUGCAACCUUGAAAGGCCCUGAUUCUCACUACGGCACCAAGGGUUUGAAGAAAGUGAUCCAUGAAUCCCCAACUUCAAGCAAAACUUGCUUUUUCUUUUUUAGCUCACCGGGUAACAACAACGGAACAUCAAUAGAAGACGGACAAAUACCGGAAAUUAUAUUUUAUACGUAACUUCAGAAAACGGAGAUGGCGCAAAACAGAAAUUGCUUUGAACACGAACAGAAGGGAAACAUGAAAUACUGUGAAUUUUUGUAAAUACAUAAUCUCAGAUGUGUUAUAAAACUGAAGUGUUGUACACGGAGGGUACCCAGCACUAGUAUUCUCUACCUACAAUGAUGAUACACAGCCAAGCUUUCUUGAACUAAAAUAUAUUUACCUGUACAUAAAUACUUAACAUGGUCAUUUAAAAUGUGCUAACCAUAAUCUGGAAGCCGGGAAAGAGCACUUUCACCCCCUGAAAUACACUUGCGGCAGAUUGCAUAUCUGUGGAUAUUGUAAUUGUGCUCCUGUACAGUGCAAUACGUUAAACUGAAUUGUCAUUCUUAAAACUAACCAUGAAUUAGAAUGAAGGACAAUUACAGAUUCAUCAGUUAUAGUACUCAAUACCUGUAUAUAAACUUAAACUAGUUUUGUUGUGUAUUGGAAAAACUGUUAUCCAGAAGUCAGUUGUAUGAAGCUAUUCUUUAACUAUAAAGUGAAGUGUGGAUGAAAUGAAGUAUCUUUUAAAAUA